AUGGGCUCGGAACAGAACCCAACGAGGCCAAGUACACCACAGAGAUCUCGAAGCCAGACCAUCAUCCAGGCCUCCUUACCAAGCGACCCCGAACUCGCCAACGAGAAAGCACAGAAUAAAGUCUCCUCAACCGAAGAUCCCAACCCGGCCCAAGACCAAGACGACCCCGAAAACCUCACCCGCCAACCCAGCGGCCCAGCCUACAGCGUCUUCUCCCCCUCCACAAAGCGCUGGGUAGCCUUCAUGGCCUCCGUCGCCUGCUUCGUCCCGCCCAUGUCCGCAAACAUCUACUACCCGGUCCUGGCCCCCAUCGCAGACGACCUCCACGUCUCCGUUGCCCUCGUCAACCUCACAGUCACCUCCUACAUGAUCCUCCAAGCCAUCUCCCCAACACUCUUUGGCGAUUUCGGCGACAUGGCCGGCCGCCGCCCGGCCUUCCUCGUCGCUUUUAGUAUUUAUCUGGUGGCCUGUGUCGGACUCGCCCUGCAGCGUGACUAUGCUGCCCUUCUCGUCCUCCGCAUGCUGCAGAGCGGCGGGAGCAGCGGUGCUAUUGCACUGGGGUUCGCCAUGGUGGCCGAUAUCUCGGUCAGCUCGGAGCGGGGCAAGUACAUGGGCAUCGUCGGCGCGGGCAUCAACGUCGGACCCACCAUCGGUCCCGUUCUUGGGGGCGUCCUGACGCAGUACUUUGGCUGGGCGUCCAUCUUUUGGUUUUGCGUUGUGCUCAUUAGCUUAUGGCUUGUUCCGUACGCCCUGUUCGUCCCGGAGACCUGUCGAGGUGUCGUGGGAAACGGCUCCGUCCCCGCCCAGUCGUGGAACCGGCCCCUGAUCGACCUCAUACGCCGGCGCCGCCGCCGGAACCGCAGGCUCCAAGACCCAAACAACCUCUCCUUGACAGAAUCCGCCGCAACAGAAGAAGCACCAACACAUCCUCACCGCAAACUCCGCUUCCCAAACCCAAUCCGCUCCGUCAAAAUCAUCUUCGAAAAAGAAAUGGCCCUCGUCCUCGCCUACAACAGCCUACUCUACGUAGCCUUCAUCUGCGUAGCCGCCACCCUCGGCACCCUCUUCCGCGAAAUCUACCACUUCAACGACCUCGAGCUCGGCCUCUGCUAUCUUCCCUACGGCGCAGGCUGCGUCGUCGCCAGCCUGGGCCAGGGCUACGUCCUCGACUGGAACUACCGACGCAUCGCCUCCCACAUCGGCUUCGCCAUCGACCGCCGCCGCGGCGACGACCUGCUCAAGUUCCCCAUUGAAAAAGCCCGCCUUCAGCCCGUAUACCCGGCCGUCGCCGUGGGUCUCGCGGCGCUGACGGCGUACGGGUGGGUGUUGCAUUUUGAGGUCGGUGGUGUUGCGGCGCCGUUGGUGCUGCAGGGCGUUAUUGGACUUACUAUCACGGGGUCGUUUAGCGUUAUGAAUACGCUUAUUGUGGAUUUGUUCCCAGAUGCGCCUGCGACGGCGACGGCGGCGAAUAACCUUGUGCGGUGCGCCAUGGGUGCCGUUGGGACGGCGGUGAUUGAGUACAUGAUUCGUGGGAUGGGGAGGGGGUGGUCGUUUACGUUCUUGGCUGCGCUGUGUGCCGUUCUGAGCCCGAUGAUGUUUUUGAUAGCAAAGAAGGGUCCCGUGUGGAGGAAUGAGAGGCGGAUGAGGGAAGAGGCGUCAUGA